AUGGAGAUUCUCCACCGUGACCUGGCGACCCGGAACGUGCUUGUGUCCGCAGACCGGACCUGUAAGGUGUCAGACUUCGGCUUCUCACGGGAGGGGGAUGAGUACGAGAGGACCACCAAGACCCGUCUGCCUAUCCGCUGGAUGGCUCCCGAGUCGCUGUUCCACCGGAAGUACACCACCAAGACGGACGUCUGGGCCUUCGGAGUCCUGCUCUGGGAAAUCGUCACUCUCGGUGCGACUCCGUACCCCGGCAUGUCCAAACGCGAAGUUAUGGACGGGGUUCAGCAGGGAUACAGAAUGGACAAACCAAAGCACUGCGAUCAGAAACUCUACACCCUGAUGCUGAGCUGCUGGAAUGCCGACCCCGCCCAGAGGCCAGAGUUCCGCAGGAUUCAGCGAACCCUGGAUACACUCAUGGAGACCGAACAUGACUACAUCAAUCUGGCCAAUCUGGAUGAGAACACCUACCACAGCUUGCAAACCGCUACGGAUGAGAAAUACUGAAACAACAUGAGUUACAACUUGAAGCUUUUCGUUAAGUCCAAAGCUCUUCAAAUGUACUCAUGAUUUCCAUAUGCAUUGUGGGCUUGUCUUGAUUAUGAGCAAAUUCAUCAAAGAACCAUGCAGUUUGAUGAAGGUACUGUUUUAGCAGUUAAGAAUAUGGCGUUGUCUGGAGUUAUUUUUACAUAGGUUUGCAAUCAUUGCGUGUUUUUAUAUUCUAGAAUUAACCAGACAUUUCAAACAUUACGUUUAUUAUGUAUUUCUUGUGAAAAUCUCAUUUAAUGUUUCAUUUCAAAAUACUUGCAGAACGUAUAAUUAUAAGUCUAUUACUCAG